CACAAUUACAGUUCUACGUGUCAUGACUGUUACUUAAUCACUAUAUGACAAGCAGUGACUCUAUUUAAUCUAAUACUAAUCACAUUUUUCCAUGUUUAAGCAACCACUAACCACGAACGAAUAGCAUCUCAAUCAUCUAUCAACAAUGGCGAUUCGUUCUGUAGCGAGUAGAAGAACCCUAACCGGCCUCAAGGAGACGUCUUCAAAGCUUCUGGGGUUCAGAGGAAUCCAGACUUUCACGCUUCCUGAUCUUCCAUAUGAUUACAGCGCCUUGGAGCCGGCGAUUAGCGGCGAGAUUAUGCAGAUUCAUCACCAGAAGCAUCACCAGACUUACGUCACUAAUUACAAUAAUGCCCUCGAGCAGCUUGAUCAGGCUGUCAACAAGGGAGAUGCUUCCACUGUCGUUAAGCUGCAUAGUGCCAUCAAGUUCAACGGCGGAGGUCAUGUGAACCACUCGAUUUUCUGGAAGAAUCUUGCUCCUGUCAACCAAGGUGGUGGAGAGCCACCGAAGGGAGCACUUGGUGGAGCUAUUGAUACUCACUUUGGCUCUCUUGAAGGUUUGGUGAAGAAGAUGAGUGCUGAAGGUGCUGCUCUGCAAGGCUCAGGAUGGGUGUGGCUCGGUUUAGACAAAGAACUUAAGAAGCUUGUGGUUGACACAACCGCCAAUCAGGAUCCACUAGUGACAAAAGGAGGAAGCUUGGUUCCUCUGGUGGGUAUUGAUGUUUGGGAGCAUGCCUACUACUUGCAGUACAAGAAUGUGAGGCCUGAUUAUCUGAAGAACGUGUGGAAAGUUAUCAACUGGAAAUACGCAAGCGAAAUUUAUGACAAGGAAUGCAAGUAAGUGAGUUCGUUACAGGACAACAAACAUAAAGAGAGGACCCAGUUCCCAACUCGGUUUUGUUUUUUUAAUAUGUUUGUCUGAAACAAACUUACAAUGUCUCUCUUUGGUCUUUGAGUUGGCUCAAUAAUACACGUUGUUUAGAAUAAAUUUCCAUGCGAUGUUUAUCUUCUACUCCAUAUUCUUUUGUUCUUUAAACGUUUGUGCUAAUCUCUCAGAAUUGAAAC